UCUCACUGUUGUGGCCUCUCCCGUUGAGGAGCACAGGCUCCGGACGCGCAGGCUCAGCGGCCAUGGCUCACGGGCCCAGCCGCUCCGCGGCAUGUGGGAUCCUCCCAGACCGGGGCACGAACCCGUGUCCCCUGCAACGGCAGGCGGACUCUCAACCACUGAGCCACCAGGGAAGCUAGGUACUUGGUAGGCAGUGAGAUGAGAGUCUCUCGGUUCGGUAAAUUUACUUAUAUUAUUUCUUUUUCUUUGUUUUCUCUGUGUUCUUUUCCAGGAACCCCUGUUAGUUUGAUGUUGGAUAUCCCGGACCUGUCCUCUCUGAUUUUUACCAUUUAUUUAUUUUCCAAUUCGUUUUCUUAGAGACUUUCUUAACUUUAUCUUCUAAUUAAGAGUGAAUCUGAGUGAAUAUUACAUAAAACCCAAAGUAACAUUGGCAUGAAUGAAUAGUUCUUCUUUCAUGUAAAGUAAGUCUGGAGAUAGAGUGUCCAGGUCUGGUCCAGCAGCUCUGUGAAAUUACCAGAGACGCUACUCUUCUCUAUCUGCCAUCCUCAGUGUGUGGCUUCUGUCCUCAAGGUCAAGGCUGCUGGGGUUCCAGCCAUCACAUCCAUUUUUCAGGCAUCAGGAAAGGGGGAAAGCCAACUUAGUUCCCAUUAAGGAGCCUUCCUGGAAGGCCCACACAACUCUUAAUUAGUUGUCUGUUUGCAGGUAGCUGCAAAGGAGCCAGGGAAAUGUACUCUUUUAGUUGAGUACAUUGCCAUUCUGAAUAAAAUCAGGGUUCUAUUACUACAGAAAAUGAACGACUCUUUCAAUUGUUGAUGUGUCGUAGUUUAAUUGAUGGCAUUUUUUUCUUAAUUGUUGCAUUGUACAUUUAGUGGUGAAAUAGAUUAGUGGAAUAUGGUGGCAUUCUCUGCCCACCCCCACCCCGCCCCUUAUGUCGAAUAUUUAAUUUUGACCAUGAAGUUUUUAAUUUUUAAGAGCUCCUUCUUCUUCUUUGAUUGCAUCCUGAUCUUGUUUCAUGGCUAUUUUUAAAGUUUUCUUCUGCUCCCUUUGUUUCCUUUUAGUCCCUUUUUCUGUCUCUUUGGGUCUUUGUCUUUCAAGCUGGAGGAUUUUCUCAAAUGUCUAUAAUUCUUGGCCAGAUUUUUUGGUCCUUAUUUUUUUUGACAGCUUUAUUGCCAUAUAAUUCACUUACCAUAUAAUUCACCUACUUAAAGUGUACAAUUCAGCAUUUUUAGUAUAUUCACAGAGUUGUGCAACCAGUUAAUUUUAGAACAUUUUCAUCACCCCCAAAAUAAACCCCAAACCCAUUAGUUACCACCUCCACCCCCCGGCCUUAGGCAACCACUAAUCUGCUUUCUGUCUUUAUAGCAUUUUUAGAUAUUUCACAUAAAUGGAAUCUUCCAAUAUAUAGUCUUUUGUGACUGGCUUCUUUCACUUAAUGUUAAGUUUUUAAGGUUUAGCCAUAUUAUAGCACAUAUCAGGACUUCAUUCCUUUUUAUGGUUGAGUUAUAUCCCAUUGUCUGGAUAGACCACAUUUUGUUUAUCCAUUCAUCCGUCAGUGAUGGGCAUUUGGGUUGUUUCCACCUUUGGGCCAUUGUGAAUAAUGCUGCUAUGAACUUAAUAUACAAGUCUUUGUGUGGACAUAGCUUUUCGUUUCUCUUGGGUAGAUACUUAGGCAUGGAAUUGCUGGAUCAUAUGCACUAUUCAUUUAUUUAUUUUUGGCUGUGUUGGGUCUUCGUUGCUGCGCGGGCCUUCUCUAGUUGCGGUGAGCGGGGGCUACUCUUUGCGGUGCGUGGGCUUCUCAUUACGGUGGCUUCUCUUGUUGCGGAGCACAGGCUCUAAGCACGCGCGCUUCAGUAGUUGUGGCUCGCGGGCUCUAGAGCGCAGGCUCAGUAGCUGUGGCGCACGGGCUUAAUUGCUCCACGGCAUGUGGGAUCUUCCCGGACCAGGGCUCGAACCCAUGUCCCCUGCAUUGGCAGGCGGAUUCUUAACCACUGAGCCACCAGGGAAGUCCCCUCUUUUUACAUUCUUGACGGUGGCCUUUGAAGCACAACCUUUUCCAUUUUGAUGAAGUCCAGUGUAUCCUUCCUUUUGUCGUUCGGGCCAUUUGUCCAUGUCCAGUGACUGGGAACUCUGGACAAGGUGUGGGCCUUGUUACCUGCUGGGCUUCUCUUUCAGGUGAUCGGGGUUGGGGAACCAGCUGCUUUAUUGAGGACACUAGUAAAUGUCAGCAUAUUUACUGGACCUUUUCCUUUCCUGAAGUGGUUCAGUUUCUCCAAAGAAAGACUCCUACUGUCCCCCGUCCCCCGCCGCCCCUGUACCCCGCCACCCGGCAGGGACAAACGAACAUUCUAGCAGUGGGGCAGGGAGAGGGCUAGGGGAGCCGACUGUUUCUUAGGCAGCGUUCACCUCAUGCCCUGGCUCCCACCCCCUCUUCUGACAUGCCUGGUGUCCCUGAGACCUGAUGCCCUCCCGUUUAAUUUCUUCCCCUGAUGUGUGGAGAGUGGGGGCCCGGAGGCCUGACCACCCAGUGUACAGCCUUUCAGCCGGUUCCUUGUGUCAUAUCCUGUGCCUCCCUGGCCAUCACUGUCCUGGCCCCUCUCGUCCCGAGGAUGGUGCUGACUUCUCACCCGUCACCCCUCUGAGGGCACUUUCAGGCUGUAACUCUUCUUGCGUCCUUUUCCCCGCAGAAGCCAUCCUAGUUCACAUCAACUGUCCGUCCCCCGGAAUUUGUUGAAUUCUCCUGUCCGUUUGGUCUUCUCUCCCUUUUCUUUGCGUGUGUGGUGCAGCACAUUAAAAAAGGUCUUUGCCCUCAUCCUGUUGGCUCUCUGGACGGGGAAAUGUGGACUUGUACGGUCAGUCUCCCAUUUUAACCAGAGGUCCACGAGGGCCACCGCUCAUGGAUCGGUAGCAGUUGUUUGGAGUGCUGGGUUGAGGAAGAUCUGGAGGGAGCCCUUCCUGGAUUGACUGGUAAUGUCUGCCAUGGGUGCAGCAGGAGAGGGUAGUGUGCAUUUCCUACAUGUUUACCAUCCCUUUGUUUAGGUAAUGAGGAGUCCUUGAAGGUUGUGGAAUGGGGCAUGGCCAGAGCUGUGCUUGGUUAGAUGCAUGAGCCAUCCAGACUGACAGCUGCAAUACAGGCCGAGAAAGAGACCUCAGCCUCCUUAGGGCCUCAGCGGAGAGGCUGGCUUUAGGGUCUGAUGUACGAGGCAGGGUGCCAGGCUCCUUUUUCUUAAACCAUCUCAUUUCCCUUCUUCUUCUCCCUCCUCCCCUUACAUGCCCUGAACAUGGGAGUUGGAACCAAGUGGCUUGUCAGCAGCCAACUAGCACUGGCGCCAUGCGGCCAGCGGUGGCAACUCCCACCUCCUGCUGUGUGUCCAGGGAGGUUCCCGGCCUUUCCUUAGGAGAACCUACGCCCUCUGUCGCCAGCUCCUUCCCCCACCCCGCAAGCCUGUCCAGGCCCAGCCUUGACUCGGAAGAACGCCCUUGGCUCAGCUACCCCGAGGGUUCAAUUUAAGGUGACCCCUGACCAGGGAGGCCUGGCUGGCAGGAGGCGUAUGGGAACACCACCCUGGUCGUGGCAGAUAGCAUACUGGGGGCCCUUUUCACCAGCGUCUGCCUUCUUUCAGUUGGUGACAGUAUUCUGUGUUCUUCGAGCCACCAUCCAGAUGAGAGCCAUCCUAGGCCCCCAUUUCACAGGUGGGGAGACUGAGGCAUGGAGUAAGCACGGGUCUGGCUCUGAGACCCCCAGGCUGGGCAAGCCUUGCUCCUGUAGUCCUUCUUGUGAUGCACACGCCGAGGGGGCUACAGCUGACAGCCUCGUUCCGUACAGGGGAAGGCAGUGGCAGAGGGGACUCUUCCACACCGAUGGCCGGGAACUAACUCCAGUCUGCAGAUUGAAAAUGCCGGGCAGAGCUGGGCCGAGGCCGGGCAGGGGGGACAGUACCCCGGACCUUCCUCCGUCGAAGGGCCCUGACAUUUCUCCCAGCACCAGCUCACCUGUUCUACCUGCUGCCCAACAAGUCACACACUCCUUGAGAGCAGAGACAACACUGCAGCCUCUUCGGGCCCCCCCGUCCUGGCCACGCUGGGCCAGGCAGGAUAAACGGGCAACGGAGUGCCUGGAAAGACCAGAGCUCUCAGAGCAGUUGCAGAGGAGCCCAGCGGAAGGAGGCCGGUGUUGGGGAGAUUGGUCCGGAGGCAGAACGGAGGUGCGGAAGGUCAAGGGUGGCCGGGCUCGCGGUGCCCCAGAGAUGGCGAGAGGCCAGCCCCCAGAGCCAUUGCUGAAGGGACACCGGCAGGCCCUAAUGCUCUAAAGACCGAUUUGGGGCCCCGCCUGCUGGGCCGUUGGUACCCGGCGGGCAGCAGGUCCGGGAGCUGAUGCAGGCCCAGGAUCUUGCCAUUGUUUGGGGCACGCGACCUGACUUUACAGCAGGCCCGCGUGUGGAUGGACGGGGGACCUUCCCGAGGUCCUGUGUCCACGUUUUUUCUGAGCCCCCUGAUGGCGUCCUGGCCCCGGGGCCUGGGCUGUGGCCCCAGAGGCCUCCUCGGUGCCGCCCCCAACAGGGCCCCUCUGAGUUACCGCCCCUCCUUGGUCUCCCCUUGUCUCC